UUUUGUAGUUUGUUUUUCUGUAUAUUCAUAACAAUGGAAGGCAGAGUCAUUUUGGGCCAAAUUAUACAUUGCAUAAAUCUCAACACUUUAUCAGUGCUCGAUAAUGGUUUUGUUCUCAUAGGAAUUGAUGGCAAGAUUAAAGCAACUGGAAACGCCUCCGACUUAGAGUCAGCCAAAAAACAACUCAAUUUUACAAGACUUGAAACAAUUACAUUGAAAAAAAAGCAAAUACUUCUUCCCGGUUUCAUUGAUACUCAUAUACACGCACCACAAUAUCCUAAUGCAGGAUUAGGGUACGAUAAACCCCUUCUUGAAUGGCUUGAUUCCUACACUUACAAAUUAGAAAAAAAGUACAAAGAUUUGGAACUCAGCAAAAAAGUUUAUGACGCUGUUGUGCGAAAGACUUUAGACUACGGUACCACCACUGCGUGUUAUUUCGCAUCAUUAUAUGAUGAUAGUUCUUUAAUUUUGGCUAAUUCUGUGACCAAAUUUGGACAGAGAGCCUUUGUGGGAAAAGUCAAUAUGACCAAACUUGCACCUUCGGAUUAUGUGGAAACGGCACAAGAAUCGAUUGAUAAUACUUUGAAAUUUAUAAGAAAUGUUCGUGCUAUUAAUAAUCCUUUGGUCCAACCGAUUAUUACUCCAAGGUUUGCCUUAAGUGUCGAUAUGGAUGUCAUGAAAAAAUUAAGUCUAAUUGCGAAAGAAUACAAUCUUAACAUCCAAACCCACAUUUCGGAAAAUAAAGACGAGGUAAAAAUGGUACAUGAAACGUAUAAUGAUUUGUACGCUAGUGUUUACCACACUGCUAAUCUUUUAACACCGAGGACAGUUUUAGCCCACGGUAUUCACUUGAGCGAGGACGAAAUGAAGCUACUUCAUAAAACGGGGACUUCAAUUUCGCAUUGUCCUGAAUCAAAUGUUUACUUGAGUUCGGGAAUUUGUGAUGUGCGAAAAUUAUGGGAACAUGGGAUUAACGUGGCUUUGGGGACUGACGUCUCUGGAGGAGCAUCGCCUUCAAUUAUAAAUGCGAUGAGGUCUGCUAUUAGUGCGUCUACAAAUCUUUCGUUUACGAAAUCAAAAUACACAAAACUCACUUACGUUGAUGUUUUUUAUAUGGCAACAUUAGGCGGAGCUAAAGCUUUGGCUUUAGAUAACGAAAUCGGUAAUUUUGAAGUUGGAAAAAGUUUCGACGCUGUUAUCGUCGAUUUAGAUAUCGAACAUUCUUCAGCGGACUUAUUAUCAGAGUGUACACCACAAGAAUUACUACAAAAAUUGGUGUUUUUAGGCGACGACAGGAAUGUAGUAAAAGUUUUUGUUAAUGGGAAAAUUGUUAAAGAUUAGUGUCUAAUAAACCCUAUAAGAGA